GUGGCAAUGCCUAUUGCUUUACCCACACUAUAGUGAGCAGUUUCUGGGCACCGGGGAAAUCUUUGGCGCGAGAUUUCAACAUGGCACCUGUGAGAUUGAUGGAGGUGAUCGUGUACAGUUCGCAGGAUUCAGUUCACAGAGCGGACAACCUGCUUGAUCAGAGCAGCCAAUGGAAACGGUGGCUAUGUGCAUCUGGGGACCGGUCUGGCUCCAUGCAGGCCGAGUUUCAGCUGGAGAAAGCUGCAAAGAUCGGCUACGUGGACAUCGGAAAUUAUGGAUCAGCCUUCGUUGAGAUCCUUGUUAGAAAGUCCUCCUGGUCCAGCAAUGAUUACGUCACUCUGAUCCCUGCGACGAUGCUCAUGUCACCGAUGGAAAGCAGGAGUGGUCAGAACAAGUGUGCUGUCAAAAUGUUCACCAAAGCGGCUUUGAGUGAGGAAAGUCUUAGGGGCAAGUGGGAUCGCAUCAAAGUCAAGUGCAGCCAGCCCUACAAGAAGGAUGCCCAGUUUGGUCUAGCAUUCAUCCGUCUCCGCUCCUUAGAAGAACCCAAGGAACAGACUCAAACCAUCAGUCCAGGACCCACAAUGACAAAGCUGCAUUCGAAAUCCGAAUCCACUCCCAUGACAGACAAGCCUAACGGCAGACCCAUCCUGUCUCCAUCAUGGAAGACAAAUUCCAGUUUCCAGAGACAGUUCAUGGCCGUGAAAGAUGAAAACAACAAAUACAGUGACAUGGAACUAAAAGCAAGACUCCUCAAAAUGGCAGCAACCGCAGACACAGGAUCAGAUAAAUCUGAUUCGCUCAGCCGGUCAGCCAAGAUGGUUCUUACCUCUUCAAAUAAAAAGCAGCAAACCCCUAAACGUCAGCCAAGUAGCCAUGGCAACAGUGUUCACACUCCCUCCACCCCAAGCAGAAAGAACAACUCAACAGACAGUCCUUACAGUGCAAGCAGGAAGCAGUUGGGACCAAGAAGACAGGACAGCGAUUUUGAAAAUUGUUAUCGAUCUUCCAGUGACCGUAGCCAAAGUUCCCAUGGGCACAGUCAUCCUGGCCAUGAAAACUCGGCUUCAAAAUCUUCUGAACCAAGAUGCCAACGGAGGGCAAGUGGACAGCCACGGGAUAGCCAUUCAGGAUUCACUCAUUGCCAGAAAGAGAAGGAACAGACUUCAACUUCAAAAACGCCCAAAAAGAGGCCAAGCAACUUGCCAGCUGAGAGUUCCCCCAGUAAACUAACGAAUGGAGAUUCACAUAGACCUUUCAAGCAAGUUGCUGGAAAGUUUCUGGCAUCUCUUGGUCGCAGUCUUUUUGACUCCAAGUUAUCUGAUAUCCGUCCAGUCUUGGAGAGGAAGUUAGGGCGCAAACUCAGCAGGGAAGAGAAGCACACACUUAAACAGCUGGCUGUGGAGAGAGUUGACGUCCUACUCAAGUAUGGAUCUCCUUCAACACCCAGUCAACCAAAGCCACAGCCCGUGCCAACAACUAGCACCUCUCAAGACAGUGCAUCCUCCAGUGUGACAGAUAUUGCAGAGAUGGAGUUCCGAAACUGCCCAAAAUGCUAUCUUCAGUUUACUGCAAGACAGAUCACGGGCCACGUCCUCUGUUGCCAAGGUAUCCCAUCUGCAGCUGGUGUUGCCAAGGCAAUGGACGUGUCCUCCACCACCAAAGACCCAGCCUCAUUCGUUCCACAGAGGGGGAGAGUGCGGGGCAGGGGUCGCAGAGGUGGCAGACAAAGACAGAGGCGUUCCCCGGCAGCAUCCGAGGAUAAUCUGCCAGCAGUGUCAUCACAUGUGCGAACGGCACAGAUGCCACGCUAUCAACGCGAGGGUGCUGUUGCAAAAGGAAAGUGCAGCGGCCGGGCCACCAAUCCCUCUUCAAGGAAUGCUGCCUCAAGUCCAGCCAACUCAGGGAAACAGCAGCCUGGAGGCUUUCUCAUCCAGCCUGUUGAAGUUUCACCAUCACAACAUAUCACCAGCUCACCACAAGGGGGCAAACUCACAACACAACAGUCCACCUCUUUUGGCAGCUCGCUACAGCCUUCUUCGGCAUGGCCAGGCAACAAGUGCAUGACAAGCAAUACUAACGCAUCUCUGGCAAGGAGUAGUUUCCAAAUGACUCCAGACAGGAGUGAUGCCCGUGAAGAUACAGAAUAUGAGGAGACUUCACCAUGCCCCAUCUGUUUCAAGAGCUACCCAGUUGAGGUCAUUGAAAUACAUGCAGAUAUGUGUCUGGAACAGACACAUAUACUGAAUGAAAUAUCCAAUCGGCAGAUGGCAUGUUUCUGAGUGGCUUUCCUCAAUCGGCAUUGAAAUUACGUAUCAGUGGUUAAACUUACUCAUGGUUUUGUUUUUUUCAAAACUUCCUUUUUUUUUCAAACUGGUCGCAUGCACAGAAGCAAAUUUCACAGAGAUCAGUAUCUGGAAUUUAGAAGAUCAAAUUUUCAGACCUUCCAAAUCUUUCAAAGUCAGACUGUACUUUGCUAAACUUGAUGGCUUCACUACUUAGCCUUGCCACUCCUACAUGACAUCGGUCUUUAUAUCCAAUCUUUUAAAAAGUAAAAAGAAAAAUUAAAGAAUCAGCGUCGGUCAUUUUCCCAGUUGUGGAUUGUUCCCAAUUGAAAAUGAAAGCUACAUGUACGUUUAUUUACCUUACAUUUUCAGACGAGUGCUGUUUUCUAAUGCUGGCUCUUGUGCACAUUUUGUUUUCAGAAACUUUCUAGUAAAGGAAUGUUGGCCGGAUUUCCAACUUCCAUUGUGACAUAAUCGGAUGGGUUGUCAAAACUAAGGAGAGCCAAAAAGUGGACAAAACAAUUUACAGGGCAGAACAUCACUCACUAUUUGUUAAUCAACAGUCACAUAGACUCUGGCAUCAAAUCUCUUAUCACAUCAUAUUGACUUUAGAGUUUUCAUGUUCCAAAAAUUUGGUUGGACUGUGUCAGGAGUCUGGGACUAGGAAAAAUGACUGCACUAGAUACUCCACUGUUGGCCUGUGUCAGGAGUCUGGGACUAGGAAAAAUGACUGCACUAGAUACUUCACUGUUAGACUGUGUUAGGAUCCAGCAAGUAGCUUAGCAACAAUACUUAAGAAAGAUGCAAACGGACAAUAUCAGUGAAGAGAAAAUACAUUGAUAAACCAUUCCUUUUAAUUUUCUUCUCUGCAACAUAAUUCUAUUUCUUCCACAGAUCUGUGCAAAUGUACACGUAGGAAAAUAGCACAUGCAAUAUGAAGACAAAUUCAAUCAUUUCAAAGUAUUUUUAAAAUAGAACACAACUGUUUUGUGGACGGAAUUUUCAGUUUAAUGCUUCCAUUGGUAAAUAUAGCCCUUCACUGUGCUGAGCUGCAUACAAAUAAGGAUUGUGUAUACAAGUCGAAACUCAAGCAAUCAUUCUUUUCUGGGGAUCUGUUGACUGUUGAGGUACUUUGGAUUGGAGGAACAGCUUAUUUGAAUAUUGCCACGUUUGAAUCAACUUGCUGUGGUUGGGAAUACAAUGAAUGUUUGUAGGAAGUGGCUACAGCCAUGAGCCUUGGACAUCCACAGACACGGUGACGUAUGCUAUAUCCAGCCACAGUUUCCGAAUCAAGGCUAAGGCUUGGAGUUAUGUACAGUGUCUAUGGCUUCAGCCAAUAACAAGUGGUGCAUUCAUGUCUAGCCACGGCUGCAACCUUAGAAGUAGCCUAUUAAAGGACACUGUCUUGUAGUUGACAAUGAUGAUGUCAAAAUGCCUUCACCUCAACAGUGGCUUACACACUUCUUUAACUACUCAAAAGCUUCAUGUUCCAAAAUGUAACAUGUAGUCAGUGUUGUAGUCGAGACCAUCAAAAGACUAGACAAAAGGCCAGUCACAAGUUACAGGGUGAACAGGGACA